CACAGCCCUCGAGUACAUUCGAGCUGUUUCCCAGUCGCUCUCUCGACACGCCAUUUUACUUGUCCAAAUCUUGUAUGCCUCACGCUGUACCAUCCGUGUACCAUUAAUCAACCGACUACGCCAAACCACGACCAUAAAAAAAACCAACCGAUAAGAAAUAAAUAACUCCGGACAACACAUUGUUCUUUUUGUACUUUGACAGCUAUCAUGGACAACACCACUACCCAGCAUCUUGGCCAGUCGGCCUUUUUUUACUAUGACCCGAACCCAGGUCCGGAGAACAACAGACAACAUGGACACUUCAAGCCACAUCCUCAUGCUAUGCCGAUGCCAACGUGUCAGCCAAUGUCUUCAGAGACUCUCCCCAUCUACAGUGCGCCAAUGGGCUACUCUCGACCAGACUCGUCUUCUUCGCAGACUCCAUAUAUUGCACACAACGGAUACACCUCGCAAUCAGUCCUGACUCCCAUUGCUUCACCACAGCCAAUGUACCACAAGCCAACCAUACUGGUGCAGCAACAAGACUCACCAUACCUGUAUCCAUUGGACACCGACUGCAGCGACAUGCGCUUCUCUCCUUCCACUCCACCAUUGUCGUCCUCUGGCAGCAGCAUCAGCAGCCCGCCGUCCCUCUGCGAGUUUCUGCCCACUCCUGUCAACGGCCCGAGCUACCCAAUUGACAUUCUCGAGGGAAUCAAGGAAGGAUGUGAAGGAGAGGUCUUUUCAGAGAUUCUCGGUGGAGAAUUCAGCAGAGCCACUUCGCCCCCAAUGACGCCAGUUUUUAUUCAGGCCCCGGCUAGUCAGGCACCUUACCUCCUCAGCGCAACCUCCUGCCCCUCGCUCUCUCCAUCUCCAUCUCCUCAUCCACGCACCUCUAUCUCCCUCUCAUCUGAGGCCGAGAGCAGUUUUUGCGAUCCACGCAACCUCACCGUCACGCCUGUCAACAACGCCGUCGCCGCCGCCGAUCUCCCUUCGCUGCCAACCAUCUCCGCCGAAGACGAGGAUCACAAGAUCAUCUUCCGCACCACCGACAACUUCACUUCUUCCAUCGCCGACUCCACUGUGUCCUCGUCCGACUUCACUUUGUCUGGCCUGCCACAGUUUGAGCCUCUCUUCGAGCUCGACACCGAAGACGACUUUGCCAACUUCACUCCCUCAGAGAACAUCCAGUUCCACGGUGCCAAGCGUCAGCGCACUGAUCUCCUGACUUUCCCCGAAGAGGAGAGCGCUUUCGCCGACGAGUCAUUUUCAGACUUUGAGGGAGACGACUUUGACAUUUCCGCCAUGGUCACCAAGAAGUCCAAGAAGGCGCUGAAGAAUGCCAAAGCCUCGGACACGGACUCUGACUCUGACUAUGGACGCCCUGCAGGCAACCAGCAGCGCACACAUUCCACGUCGUCUAACCAACAGCACUCGGAGCAGCCAGAGAACUCCAACGAGAACGGCACCCUCGGCUCUGAGGAUGGUAGCAUGCCUAACCCCACUCCCAUCAGCCGCCGUGGUCGCAAGCAGUCGCUCACUGAAGAUCCCUCCAAGACGUUCGUCUGCGAUCUCUGCUCUCGUCGCUUCCGUCGCCAGGAACACCUCAAGCGCCACUACCGCUCCCUUCACACCCACGACAAGCCGUUCGAGUGUGGUGACUGUGGCAAGAAGUUCUCGCGCAGCGACAACCUGUCCCAGCACCAACGCACACACGGCACUGGCGCCAUUGUGAUGGGUGUUCUUGAUGACUCCAUGCUUCGUGGCACCAGCAGCGGUGGCAUGGACGAGGCUUACGAUAGCACCGGCACCGAGCAUCUCGGUCACUUGCUAUACAGUGCUACUGCCGCUGUCCACACUGACUCAUCAUCGAGUGGAUUCUCAGACAACGACCAUGAGCUGAGUCCUACCGGGGACAACAAGAUGAAGAAGCGCAAGCGGGAAGACUAGACAAGUCGCGCUGUUUGCGGCGUUUUGACUUCUUUCCUUCCACUUUAUCAUGAGACAUGACAAAUACCCCCACCGCCUUCG